AUAGUUUAGGACUUGGUCUUCAAAAAUGAGUUUGUGAGCCAACAACUCUAUUUGAAACGGCCGUUUAAUUCAACAAUAUGUGUUAAUUAUCAAGUUAUUUCAUUUCUGGAGGAAUACAUUCAUUCAGUGGGUGUGGCUUGAUCAGGCGGGUUUUGAAUAUAAUCCUUUGAAAUCGAAAGUAGGAAACGGAGGAACCAACUACGGACCUUUUACUUUCAACUAUACGCACAACCGUUCGCUCAAAAUGUCGAAAUCAUCUGUAAUGAAAAUAAAAAGCGUGAACGCAGUAAAGGUGGAGCACUUCCACCACUCUCUGUAUCAACAGGCAGAUGAUCUAUUUUCCAACUACAUCCCGUUGAAGAUCUCUCAGCUGGACAACCUGCUGAAGGAGGAUGAUCUCAACAUCCCAGACCUGUCCACUCUCCAAGCCCCUCUGGACAUCCCCAUACCAGACCCUCCCACUGCGGAGGAUGAGGAAAUGGAGACUGACAAGAAUGAUGACAAGAAGAAGAAGAAGAAAGAAAAUCAGUUGGUGUUAUUCCCUUUGUGUCUUUCAGCUCCAAGCUGUGGCCUUAUCAAAGGGAAUGAGAAGAUUGUGAAGCUGCUGGACAGAGUGAAACCAGAGAUCCUAUCACUGAGGGAGACCAUCAUUACAGUGUCCUGCUGGAUUCAGCAUCUCAUCCCCAAAAUAGAGGAUGGGAACGACUUUGGCGUUGCAAUCCAGGAGAAAAUCUUGGAGAGAAUAGCUGCAGUGAAGACAAAAGUGGACGGCUUCCACACCAACAUUAACAAGUACUUUUCAGAGAGAGGUGAUGCAGUGGCUAAAGCCUCCAAGUCAACCCACGUGAUGGACUACCGCUCACUGGUCCAUGAGAAAGAUGAGGCCGUCUACUCUGACAUCAGAGUCAUCCUCCUGGACAUCCGUGGCUUCUAUGUGGAACUGUAUGACAUCAUCAGCAAGAACCUGGAAAAAGUGACCAAUCCGAAAGGAGAAGAGAAGCCCUCAAUGUACUGAGAUGCAUGAGAGGAGGAAGUAGUAGCCUGGUCCCAGAUGUUAUUGUAUUCUUUCCUACUCCGAUUGCUGUCCUUGUCAAGCAUCAUGACAAGGAUUUGACAUGUUAGCACAAACAGACUGGCACCCAGGUGAAGGGAUGAAGAGGAAUGAGAGAAUAGUGGGGUUGAAUUCAUUUUAAACCAUGUGAUCUUUUCCAGGUGUAUACUACAAUACCAAUCAAUACUCAAUCAGUUCGUUUGUAUGUCAGCAACAAAGCUGUUUCUAUUUGUACAUCAGCCACAGUGUCCAGAUUAGCCUGUUUUUUUGUUUUUUCAUGCUAAUAAACUCAUCUUAAUAUUGAACACUGAA